AUGGUCGCCCUCGUAACAAUGAACCCUACUACGAUUUCUCCGAAAUCAUCAUUAGCAAAACUUGUCCUCUAUCCUAAGCCCAAACCCUUUAAAGUCAUGGUUCUGGGACAAUCAGGAGUUGGAAAAUCUGCUCUAGUAGUUAGAUUCAUAACUCGUCGCUUCAUUGGUGAAUAUGAUCCCAAUUUAGAAAAGAUAUAUAACUUUCAAACAGUCAUAGAUAAUGAGACUGUUUAUUUUGAAAUACUAGAUUCAGCCGGCGAUCCUUAUGAAAGUGAAUACGCCAAUCUAGAGACAAACAUACGAUGGGCUGAAGCGUUCAUAUUAAUGUAUUCGGUAACAGAUAAGUGCUCGUUUGACGAGUGCCAUCGUUUGAAAUUUCUCAUCAAUUAUAAUAAGAGACGACGUCGAUUGGCUUCCUCUAUGAAGGAUAGCAUACCCGAGACUCCUGUAGUGUUUGUGGGUAACAAAGUGGAUCAAAUGGGCGACCGCAUGGUUAGCACUGAGGAAGGACAGCGGAGAAGCAAAGAAAUAGGAUGCGUUUGUUUCCACGAGAUUUCUGUCAGGGAGAGUAUUGACCAGGUAUGGAAUGUUUUUCGCGACGCUCGUCGUUUCUGGCGCGUCGGCAGCAAGUGGUCCCGAAGAGACGAGGUUCAUGCUGCUUUGGCGCGACCACUGGCUCGAGCAUCCUCAGACACCUGUGAGAAUAAUAUAAGUACACCACUAUGCACGCGGUUUACUGAAAUGGAUUUAGACGGGAGUGGGGAAGCGUGUUUGGUUCGAAGUGAUUCCACUUCAUCAUCAGGACAAUCGGAGAGCUUGGAUGAGUUUCGUGGUCGAGCUAGCACAGACUCCCGUCUCCCACCGAGGCCAGAACGACAAAGACAUCCACCACCUACCCGGCCUUUGCCCCCACCGGUACGACGUAUGAGCGUCGCAAUGAGAGGAAAUAAUAAUAGCACGUAUUAA